CGGCUUACGCACUUCCCGGAAGUGCAGCGGGGACACAGGCCGACUCAACACAACUGCACACAUAAGCACUUACUAAUAAUAAAGUCUCGUUUUCAUGGAGCUCUACCGCUAACACAUAUGGAGUGUCAAGAGGAAAGGCCAAUCAUCUAUACCAUGGAAAACAAGCCGAUUGUAACAUGUGCAGGAGAUCACAACUUGUUCACAUCUCUUUAUACAUCAUUGGCUCAACAACUUCCCAGGGAGCCAAUGGAGUGGAGGAGGACUUACGGCCGUGCACCAAAAAUGAUUCACCUCGAGGCUAAUUUUGUCCAAUUUAAAGAGGAGCUGCUCCCAAAGGAUGGCAACAAGGCUCUUCUCACCUUUCCCUUUCUCCACAUCUACUGGACCGACUGCUGUGACACAGAGGCCUAUAAGAGCUCGGUAAAGGAGGACAUGCUGCGCUGGCACAACAGCCUGAGGACCCACGGGUCAGCAGACUGGGUCAUCAUCGUCGUCGAGUCCAAUGACACCAAGAAGAAGAACAAAACCAACAUCCUUCCUCGGUCUUCCAUUGUGGACAAGAUCCGCAGUGACUUCUGUAACAAGCAGAAUGACAGGUGUGUGGUGCUGUCUGACCCUCUGAAGGACUCUUCCCGGUCACAGGAAUCCUGGAACUCUUUGCUGCUGAAAUUGCGAACCCUCCUCCUCAUGUCCUUCACGAAGAACUUGGGCCGCUUUGAAGACGACAUGCGCACGCUCCGAGAGAAACGCACCCAGCCUGGCUGGAGCUUCUGCGAAUACUUCAUGGUCCAGGAGGAGCUGGCCUUUGUGUUUGAGAUGCUGCAGCAGUUUGAGGACGCUUUGGUCCAGUACGAUGAACUAGAUGCUCUUUUUACUCAGUAUGUUCUUAACUUUGGAGCAGGAGAUACAGCCAACUGGCUCGGCUCAUUCUGCGCUCCAGUCCGUAACUGGAGUGGUUUGCUUCUCCGUCGGCCCAUCGACAUGGAAAAGAGGGAUAGUAUUCAACAUGAAGAAGCCAGCCUGUUAGAUCUGAGAAGCUACCUGUUCUCCCGUCAGUGCACUUUACUCAUCUUCCUCCAGAGACCCUGGGAAGUCACACAGAGAGCCUUAGAGCUUCUCCACAACUGUGUGCAGGAGUUACGUCUGUUGGAGGUGUCCGUCGUGGAUGGGGCUCUGGACUGCUGGGUGUUCCUCAGCUGUUUGGAGGUUCUCCACAGGAUUGAGGGCUGCUGCGAUCAGGCUCAGUUAGCUGCAAACUCCUCUCAUACUGUCGGCCUUUGGGCCUACGCUACAGAUAAGCUUAAGAGUCUGGGGGAACUCUGUGGUCUGGUAUCAGAGAAGGGACCCACAUCUGAGGACCUGAACAAGACUGUUGAUCUGCUCGCAGGUUUAGGAGACGAGAGGCCUGAGACUGUGAACAGCUUACAGAGCCCAUACAAAAAGUUGAAGGAAGCUCUGUCGUCUGUGGAAGCUUUUGAAAGGCAUUAUCUUGAACUCUCUCAUGCCGCGAUGGAAAUGUAUCGGGCCAUUGGCCGCGUGAGGUCGGCCAGACUGGUGGGGAAAAGUUUGGCUGAGUUCCACAUGAGAAAAGGGGACCCCAAGAAAGCCGAAACGUUUCUUCAGGAGGCUUUGAAGUCCUACCUGUCAGAGGGGUGGAGCCUCCCAGUGACUCACACCAGGAGACAGAUCGCUGAAUGUCAGAAACUGCUGGACAGAAAGGAGGACUACUUGCAAACCAGUGCCUUGUUGGCUGGUGAUUCGAAUCUAAGCACUGAAGAGAGAACGCACUUUUGCCAGGAAAUCCUAAACUUCGCAGGAAAGCCUGGAAAUCCUUCUCACAAAGCCACUCUCAGUAUGAGCGUUUUUGCUCAGCUCACGCAGCUCCAGUUUCACCCCGCAUGUGCGUCGGUGCACUCCGGGGCGGCCCUGAAGGUGGAGCUCACUCUGAGAUGCAUGAUGCCUAUUUCAGUUCACAUACAGCAACUUGCUGCUAGCAUCCACUUUGAUGUGGAUCACGGAGGGACUCACGGGAGGACCAAGAGAGCCCAGAGACGGACCAACCUUGGGGUAAUCGAGUUUAAGAUGGGGGAUUCUUUAGCGGGCCUUCCCUGCUCCGCGGCGCCGGGCCCCUCGUUAGAGCUGGACGAGGUUCAGGACAGGAGUCCUUCAGACAAUUCUCUCAACUCCACAGGAGUGGUCUGUAAAAACACCCACCUGCUCCUGCACCACCAUGAGGGCACUUCCCUUCCUGACACGCUGAACUGUGUCAGCCCUCCAACUGUUACAAUGAAGGAAGGAGCGCAGAUGCUGAAGGUGCAGGACGUCACCCUGGCGCCUGGAAAUAACAGCAUCGUUUUCACAGCACCCAGCGGACAAGCAGGCACGUACACGCUGCGGCAGCUGUGUGCCACCGUUGGCGAGGUGCAGUUCGUCUUGUCCCAUAUCUACCCAUCGGUCCGCUAUGAAGUGUAUUCUCAGGAGCCCCAGCUCACCGUGGAGCCGCUCUCAGAGCCUCUCCUGGCCGGUCUGCCUCAGAUGGUGAAGUUCACUCUGCUGACAGGUCACUACACUGUGAAAAAGGGGGACGCUCUGCAGCUCAGCAACGCAGAGACCCUGCCCAUCCUGCCCUCCACCAGCUGCACGGCCCGCAUCAGCAGCCCCACUGCUGAGUUGGUUAGCGAAAGCACUCUGUCCAUUCAGUCAUCUGAGAAGGUGACCAGCAUCAGCCUACCUCCAACCCCUCCGUACCACGUUCUGGAGUUCCAGCUGGAAGUGGUGUGCGUCAUCCCGUCCGGGUCGGAACGCCCCGCGAACGAGAGGCUGACGAACGGGGAGGUCCGCCAUCGACCACGCAGCUACAGCCAUCCAGACACGCCCAUGACUGCCAUCGACCAGAGGAUGUCCAUCGACUGUCCGUGGUCCAUCUACUCCACACUACUAGCUCUCACCUUCUACAUCCCCUUCAAGACCAAACACUCGCUGCUUUCUGCUGGUAACAGGAAGUACAUCCAGGUGUGUGUGCAGAAUGUGUCAGAUGUGAACUUCACACUGGCAGAGGUGAAGCUGACGGAAAAGCAGCACGCAUCGCUGGAGCUACAGUCCCUUAACACUAAAACGCAUCAGCUCCUGUGCAGUAAACACAGCCUGUUCUGCUUGUGGGAGGUGAGAUGGAAGGAUGAACUCCCCUCCUGCAUGAAGUGUGUUUUCUCCGCCAGCUUCUCCCCGCUCAGCCAGGACACCUCUGCCUUCAAACCUUUCCACUACCAGUUCCAGCUGGAGAGAGUCACUACAUUGUACAGUGUUAAAGCGGAGAUCUCCCCCCCUGCUGGGGAGCAGCACUGCCGCUCCGGUCUCCUCUGUGGACUGGAGGUGUGCAUAACCCGACUGACCGAGCCUGCAGAGGGGGAGAUAGCUGAGGAGAGCAAAACUGACCCGGACGGCCUCAAAGUCACCAAACUUAUGUAUGAAGUGGCGGACAGCAACAGUAACUGGGCCGUGUGUGGGAAGAGUUCAGGAAUGGUGUUGAUGCCAAUGAAGGUCAACGCAACGCACAAGGUCCACAUCGAGGUGAUGCCUCUGUUCGCCGGACACCUCCCCUUCCCCAAGAUCAAAGUCCUGAGAUACCUGCCUCACACUGCUGCCCUGGCCAUCCAGCCAGACCCAGACAGCUGUGUGGAGAACGACAGCUUGUCCUUGCUGGACAAAACGCUGGACGACCAGGGGGACACGGCGAGCAUCCGCAGUCGCGGUAGCGUCCAUUCCGUCGGCAGUGGAGACCAGCAGCAGAGGGGAGUGGCCAUGCCUCGCCUGGAGGCCUUCAGCCCCGGGCAGGUGUUCAACCACAGCCACACCCAGCAGGUCCUGGUGCUGCCCGCCACAGAUGACCACAUCAUGGAGGUGAACGCCACAUGACACCUGAAGAUGCAUCAUCCACAGCCUUGUAGGACUUAACCCAGCCUCUGGAUGAACUCUGGAGAGCUCUGAGGAUCACUCUGGUCUAUGGCAAACGGCGCUGCGGGGCGCCGCUUUGGACUCCCAAUCAAGCGUGAACCGUUCACAUCUUACAGACUGGACAGUGAAGAGCUGAAUACAACUGCUGACAAGUUCAAAUAAAAGAUUUUCUUUGCCAUACUUGUACAUAGCUCAUUGAAUGGAUUUAUAGAUAUAAAUAUAAAUAUAUAUAUAUAUAAAAAAACUGAUUCAUCAGAUCUGCUCAUGUUGUGCUAUUUGGAAGGAAAAAAAACCCCACUCCUGAUUGUCCCACAAUUCACCAAAGCCCUGGAGAUCCAGAACUUUGGUUGUGAGUGUGACGAGCGGAAAGUGCUGUCCGUGCCUCACCAGUGGAUUUCAAACUGGAGCCUAGAUUUCAAGCAUGCAUCCGUGCACUAAAGAAAGACCCCUCAAACACACACACACAAAUGUGACGCACAAGUUAGCAGUCCGUGCUCCGUAACUGUCAAUGAAAAGCAGCAAUAGAUACUGUUGGACUCCACGGUCAUCCUGUAAGAUGAAGGGAAAAUCAAUAGGAACGUUUAUUCUGAGCGACAGUUCUCAAACUGGAGUUAAAACUUUAACAUUUAUGCCGAAAUUAUCCACAGCAAUCAAAUGACAAGCUAGCGCGAUUAUCUCUGUUAAAAAAAAAAGAAAAUGUUCUACAAGAAGAGAUAAGGAAUCCCAACAAAGUCUAUUUUUGUCUUGGUUUUUGCAAACUCUACUAUAAACCCAGAGUUCUAACCAGAGGCUCCAGUUGUGUAUCUGUGUGUGCGUUCUUCUGUUUCAUUUUCUAGGACAUCAGGUGAAACGUUCACUGACGGAUCAGCCAGCGUCUUUUGGUCAUUCGUAUCAGUACUGUGUGUUCAUAUCUUGUUGGCACGCCAAAAACUCUGUCCCAGCUAUGCACACAUACCGUCAGUGUUGACUAAAUGAUGGGAGGAAUUCUGGGAUGUGUCUGUUGAUGCACUGGUGGGGUGAAUGUCUGCUUUUUUUCCCCCCCUGCCCCCCUUCCCACCCCAGAAACCAAAACCUCUACUCGUCUUUGACCACUGUACAUAUUAAUCUGUAAAUAGUCAUUAAAAUCGUCUUUAAUUGCCAACUAUAUUAAAAGAAAAAAUGAAAUCAAUG